AUGGGCCGCGUGGUAGAUGCGCAGAACCAACUAAAAAGCCAGAUCAGGGCACAUGUUGAUUCCGCCGAGUUCGCUGCCCUUGAAACCAUAUCACGGAAGGAAACAAAGGAAGAGCUCAUUUUUUCCAAAUUUCGGGAAGUUAUGAAGACGGAACCCGACCAGGUUCUUCGUUUCCAGCGAGGUGGUGAGCCCUUCUGGGUCUCUGCAAAACCGCACACUGUUCCAUCCUGUGAUGUCUGUGGUGGAAAACGAAUUUUCGAGUUUCAGGUCAGUUUACUUUUUAAGCUUCCUGAGAAUACAUACUUGUAUUAG